AAGUUUAAAUUUAUUUUAAUUCCUUGCUGGAAGUGUUUAAAUUUAAUUUCUCAUCAGUUCACACGACUUUCCUUGAAGAUGGCGCGGAAAUUUUUGAAUACUCCGCCUGGGAAAUUCCAUAAGUUUCCCGCUGCGCGUAAGUUGGCGCAUGCCCAGUGGGCCCCCAAGUGGUGGCCCAGCACCGGCAUGCUCGGCAACCCUUUUGGACAUACUCUCGGCGGCACUCGGAACGCACUCGCUUGGCACUUGGCAACCCUCGCUGCCUGCCUCUCUGGGGAUUCGGUCUCGGGUAAGCGGACGAAGAGCGGGGGUGGCAUACCAAAUAGCAGCAGCGGGAGCGUCAAGCGUCAAGCUUGCGGACGCCAGUUGGACGCAGCUCGGGACUGGAGGCAGCCACGUUUCCCCAGCAGCAGCAGCAGCCAUCCCAUCUGUGUGUCGCAUUGCCGCGAGUCGAGAGCACUGCCAUGGGCCAGGAGGUGCUGGCUUUCCGGGCAUUCCCUGCAUGCUAUGCCAGCAUGUGCCUCAUCAUCAUCCUCUCGCGAAUGUCGCUACCAAUCUCUCAUCUCCGGCUCUGCCUCCUCUCGGUGUGAACUAGCUGGCCCGCCCGGAGUGCCGCAGUUGGAAAAUGAGCACCUGCGAGACGGCGGCGGCGGCUGA